AUGGGUGCUCAAGCUUUCCCCGCUUGCAAGAAGUGUGGAAAGACUCACAAGGGGGAAUGCUUAUCCCGCUCCAAUGCAUACUUAAAGUGUGGUAAAUUGGUUCACCAAGCUAGAGAUUGUAGGAGUGGUGUGGUAGGCCAAAUUGCUCAUAGUGGAGAAGCUCAAGGGAGUGUCCAACUUAUCAACCGAUUUUAUGCUUUGCAUGGUAGACAAGAAGUUGAGAAAAUGUCCGAUGUCAUCACCGGUAUGUUAAAGGUUAUUGAUCUCAAUGUGUAUGCAUUAUUAGACUCGGGUUCUAAUUUGUUAUUUGUUACUCAAUUCCUUGCUAAUAGGUUUGAUGUGUUACCCGAAAUGUUGUUAGAACCAUAUUUGGUAUCUAGCCCAGUUGAUUCAGAUUCAGAUUCAGAUUCAGAUUCAGAUUCGGAUUCGGCUUCGGCUUCGGCUUUGGCUUCGGCUUCAGAUUCGAAUUCGGAUUCGGAUUCGGAUUUGGAAGACGAUAUACUACGGGAGCAAAUUCGUAAUCAUGGAAUUGACAAUUGGACGAUCAUAGCUUCAAACUUCAAGGAUAAAACAACUAGACAAUGCAAAAGAAGAUGGUUCACUUAUUUGAACUCUGAUUUCAAAAAAGGCGGAUGGUCACCUGAAGAAGAUAUUCUCUUAUGCGAGGCUCAAAAAAUCUUUGGAAACAGAUGGACAGAAAUUGCCAAGGUGGUGUCAGGCAGAACGGAUAAUGCUGUGAAGAAUCGGUUCACUACAAUCUGCAAAAAGAAAGCAAAACAUGAAGCAAUGGCUAAAGAAAAUACGACUUCAUACAUCAAUCUGAAUAACAAGAGGGUUAUCUUUCCAGAUAGGCUUGAUAUUGACACAAUAUCUGAUGUUUCCGCUCCUAUUAAGAAGCUGAGGAGGAACCACACUAUAGAAAGCUCUGUUGAUGAUUGUCCGAAUAAUAAUAAACCGCUUAGACAUCCAUUUGCAGUGCUUGCUCAGAAUGUCAAAAACUUGAAAGAGACAUCUGAAAACGGAACAUUCUUUAAGAAAAACGAUCCGAAGAUAAAUGUGUUGAUGCAACAAGCAGAACUACCGAGCUCACUGGCACUCAAAGUUAAUUCGGAAAACACUAACCAGAGUCUUGAAAAUGCUUGGAAGGUACUCGAGGAUUUUCUUCAUCAGAUGAAGGAAGGUGAUAUGCUCAAGUUCCAGCUUCCAGAGAUGAAUUCAGGACACAAUACUCAUAAGAAUCUGAUAACAAACUCAAGUAGUAACGGAAGGAGACGAUCAUCUAAAAGGCAACUUGCUUUAUUUGAAGAGUCUGGUGGCAGUUCAGAGUACAGUACCGGAUCAACUCUGCUGUUGCAUGUAUUGGGUGAUAAAACAGAAGAAAGUCAAGUUAAGCCAUGUGCGCGUGAUCAGGAGACUCAAUCUGGAUUGGAAAAUUCUCAAGUAGGUGAUCAAACUGGAGUUCAAGAUUUGGAAAAUGGAAUUUUCUGUGAUCUAUCAUUUCCCCGUGCAGAUACUCCGCCUGUUUGUGAUGACAUGAGGGAUAAUCAUGGAUCAGAAACAACUGAAUGUGAAUAUCCUUCUCCUCUCCAAGUAACUCCAGAAUUCAGAUCAUUAGCUGCAGCAAUUCCCAGCCCAAAGUUUUCCGAAAGUGAGAGGCAAUUCCUAUUGAAAACACUGGGAGUUGAGUCUACAUCCCCUCAUCAAAGCACGCAACCUCCAUCUUGCAAAAGGGCACUCCUACAAAGCCUAUGAUCAAUUGCAUGGAUCAACCUCACGCCGAGAUUGCUAGAGAGCAUUGUAGCUUUUUCUCUGAAGAUGUGACAGGAACUAUUUGCAUCCUUUCAGAUGACACACAUACAAAAAUGCAGGCACACGCGCGCACACACAUAAGUUUUUGGGUUUUGAUAAGCUUAUUGUACAUAACAUUUAGUGUAGUAGUUACAAAUUGGCAACUCACCAAAGUUUACAUAGUAUGGAAAAGAAGUUAGUUAUUUGUGGAACUUCUUCAGAGGCUUUCUGGUGGCAUGGAAAAGAAGAUAGUUAUUUGUGGAACUUCUUCCAAGGCUUUCUGGUGGCUAAGUUGUUCGUACCCUUUAAAAAUGUUGUCGUACCCUUGUUGGAUUCUUCAAAAGCUAUGCAUAUUUAGAGAAUCUGACACACAUCCGAAAGGUAUUUUUGAAGAGUCCAACCAACAUAGUCCGGUGCUGCUGGCUCUGUUUCUUGCUGAGAUUUGUAAAUGGGGUGGAUCUUGUUGUGGGAAUGUAGGGGUCUGUGAAUCUGCAGUUUAUUUAAAUUGUUUAGCAAUUGGUGGUGGUGGUAAUGUUGGUCAAGUGUGAUCAUUAUUGAAAAGCAAAAGCUAGAGGUAGAAGUGUGGAGGGAAUUCUAUAUGAAUUAAA